AUGCAACAGGAUCCAUUAGGAACAAAAUCUGCUGGUGAUCAGCUUCUCUUCGUCAAAUCAGUGGCCACUGAGAAGACUGAUGUGUUCUCACAGCUCCGUCUGUUUGUGGUAAAACAGAACAAGGAACAGCUUUGGCUCUGGGAUGCCGGAAUGAGGAUUGUUCAGGGGGUUUACGGUGAAGGCGUGGGUAUGGAAACAGGCCCCUGUCACCAGCACAGAGCCCAAUUGGAGCUCGGGAGGAGACACGGGGUCUGGGUUUGCACCAAGUGUCCAGGAGAACCUUGCAGGAUCCGCCUGCGAAAGAUUAGCGAAGGGACGAUUCCACAGGCUGGUGUCGAGGCCAGGAGGAGUCAGACUUGUGCUCCUUACCUCCCCCCUCACUGGAUAUCUGAGUGGGAAGGUGUCACGAAUAUUAUCACUGACAGGGUGGAACAUUUGAACAUCUUUUCCGGUUGUGGGUACUUCGGACAGAACACAGUGACCGUUGAACGGAAGGCAACGAGGAAGCCGGAAGGCAGUGACAGGCGCUGUUUAAAUGCAAGUCUGCAAGCUGUUUACAAAGGACUACAUUACCCAGAAACCACCGGGCCAGAGGAAGCCGCUUGUUCCGGGGCGCGGGCGUCAGACACCGGACGUGACGCCACAAACUGCUCGGUGGGGAUCUCAACGGUCGGAGCCGAGCGCCGGGGCCGCGGGUUUGAUCAGCACCGGGGCCGGGACCGAGGAGCGGCCCCCGGCGGGGGGAGAGUCGGUACGGGCGCCACCAACACCGCGGGCCGCCGCAGUGAGGACGAGCCCCCCCCCGGUCCCUCACCGCCCACCCGAGGCCCCGGGGACUCCCCGCUUGGUCUCCACGGAGGCCGGAAUGUACGGGCGGCGCAUGCGCGCCGGUGGAGCAGAGCGGUUUCUCUCGCGCUUGGAAUUGUGGGUAGCUACACGGCCAUUGAUCCCGCUGGGCCCGGUCCACUGGUGGUGGGGUUUCUAGACCCUGCCGAGCUGUCAGGUCCAGAGAGGCACCAGCUGGAGUUGCGACUCAUUCACAGGGGGAAAACAUCGUCCCACUGCUGCUGGCCCGUGAAGGGAUUCACUCGGUCAUCCGACCUGAUGAGACACCAGGUGGUUCAUUCCGAGGAGAGACCGUUCCCCUGCUCUGUCUGUGGGAGGGAAUUCACCAAUUCCUUCAACCUGCAGAGGCACCAGCAGGUUCACGCUGGAGAGAGGCCGUUCACUUGCCCUCAGUGCGGGAAGGGAUUCACUUGCUCGACGCAGCUGCUGAUACACCAGCGAGUUCACACGGGGGAGAAGUGGUUCAUCUGCACUGAAUGCGGGAAGGAAUUCACUCAGACUGUAAAUCUGCACCAGCGGAUGCACUUGAGGGAGACGCCCUUCACCUGUCCUGACUGCAGGACAGGAUUCACUGAGUCGUCAGCUUUGCUAGGACGGCAGGAAAUUACGACGGGGGAGCGGCCGUUCACCUGCUCUGAAUGUGGGAAAGGAUUCAUUCGGUCAUCCAGCCUGCUGAUGCACCAGAGAAAUCACACUGGGGAGAGGCCAUUCACCUGCACUGAGUGUGGGAAGGGAUUCACUCAGUCAUCCACCCUUCUGAGACACCAACGGGUUCACACCGGGGAGAAACUGUUCACCUGUCCCGAGUGUGGGAAAGGAUUUACUCGGUCAAGCUACCUGGUGAUCCAUGAGCGCAUUCACACUGGAGAGCGACCGUUCACCUGUCCCGAAUGUGGGAAGAGAUUCACUCAGUUGUCCCACCUGGGUAACCACAGGCGUAUUCACACCGGAGAUGGGCUGUUCACCUGCUCCGAGUGUGGGAAGGGAUUCACUCAGUCAUCCAAACUGCUGAGGCACCAGCGAGUUCACACCGAGGAGAGGCCAUUCGUCUGCUCUGAGUGUGGGAAGGGGUUCACUCAGUCAUCCGGACUUCUGAGACACCAACAAAUUCACUCCGGGGAAAGACCGUUCACCUGCUCUGAGUGCGGAAAGGGCUUCUGUCGAUCAUCUGACCUGCUGACGCAUCAGCGGAUUCACACUGGGGAGAGACCGUACACCUGCUCUGAGUGCGGGAAGGGAUUCACUCGGUCAUCCCACCUCUUGAGACACCGACGAGCUCACACUGAAGAGAAGGUUUAAAUAUGCGGAUAUCCAAGGUGGAGGAAUUGCGAAUGGGAAUCUCAGGUGUGAUAUCACAUCAGGCCUGCAGCCUCGCCCAGUUCACCAGCUCCUGAAGAUCAUCGUCCUUUGAAUAUGGAAGGAGAGAUGCUUGUCUGUUCCACUUCUGAGUUUAGGACACAGGCAGUGAGACACCCACAAAGGGCUGUUGCAGAGCAGUGUCUGUGAUAGAGCUGGACAAACGUUACACUGUUUAAAGCAGGGAGUGAAAAACCACGUGUGUGUGAGGAUUUUCGUGAACCACACUGCAGUAGAAGCCAUGUGAGGUUUUAUUCAAUUCUCUGAAGGAGUGUAGAAGUGAAUUCACCUGAUUUGUGAUUGGGAAUGUGUUCACAACAUCCUUGCCUUUGCAACAGUAAAACUAUUUCAUUGUUCUGACUGAGAAAAGCUUCAAGUGAUCCACUGCCCUGAUAAUGUUCUAACACUUCUGCCAGUUCUGUUUGAGCAAAGUAAUUCAGUCAUCUUUUUUGCUGACCAGUGAGUUUACAGGGAAAUAUCAUCCCCCUAUUCCUGGUGCAUGAAGGGGUUCACUCAGUCAUCUGACCAGAUGAGACACCAGUGAAUUGACUCCGGGGAGAGACCGUUCUCCUGCUCUGUCUGUGGGAAGGGAUUCACUCAGUCAACCCACCUGCUGACAGCGAAUUCACAAUGGGGAGAAACCGUUCACCUGCUCCGACUGUGGGAAGGGAUCCACACAAGCAGUUCAACUGAUGACGCACCAGCAAAUCCACUCAGGAGAGGCCCUUCACCUGCUCAAGGUCUGGGAGAGGAUUCACUCAGGCGGGUCACUUGGUGACCCACCAGCAGAUGCACUUGGGGGAGAUGCCCUUCACCUGCUUAGAAUGUGGGAAGGGAUUCAUAGAGUUGUCACCUCUGGUGAGACACCAGCGAGGUCACACUGGGCAGAGGCCGUUCACCUGCACUGAGUGUGGGAAGGGAUUCACUCAGUCAUGCACCCUUCUGAGAUACCAGCAGGUCCACACUGGGGAGAAACUGUUCAGCUGCCCUGAGUGUGGGAAAGGAUUUACUCAGUCAGGCUACCUAGUGAUCCACAAGUGCAUUCACACUGGAGAGAGGCUGUUCACCUGUCCCAAAUGUGGGGAGGGAUUCACUCUGUUGUCCCACCUGAUGAUACACAAGUGCAUUCACACUGAAAAGAGACUGUUCACCUGCUCCAAGUGUGGGAAAGGAUUCACUUAGUCAUCUGGCCCACUGAGACACCUAUAAAUUUCACACCAUGGAGAGACCGUACAUCUGCACUGAGUCCGGGAAGAAACUCACACCGUUGUCCACCUCUUGAGACACCGACGAGCUCACACUGAAGAGAAGGUUUAAAUAUGCAGUACGUACGUGGGGCAUUUAAACCCUGCAGCUGCUGAGACACCAGUGAGUUCACAAGUGACUGCAGGCGUUGAUUCUGUGGUUAUUGGUGCUGUUGAUCACAUCCAGGUUCGGACCCUGGUUAUUGGGCACAUUUGGGGUUGUUUCCCCCUGUAAUUGGAGCUACAUUUCUAUUCUGGGACAAGUAUAAAUAAAUCUGUUCUGUUUGAA